AUGGAAGAUGGUAAGCGAGGAACGAUUCUGAUAACAAACGACGACGGGAUCGACGCUCCCGGAUUAAGAGCUUUAGUUGACUCAUUAGUCAACACUAAUCUUUUCAAUAUCCUUGUAUCUGCUCCCGAUAGCGAGAAAUCAGCUGUUAGCCACAGCAUCACAUGGCUUCAUCCUAUAGCUGCCAAACAAGUACACAUUCACGGAACCCUCGCUUCCUUCGCCGUUUCUGGAACGCCCGCUGAUUGCACUUCUCUCGGAAUUUCAAAAGCACUCUUUCCUAUAAUACCCGAUCUGGUACUCAGUGGCAUUAAUAAGGGUAGCAACUGCGGCUAUCAUAUUGUUUACUCAGGCACUGUAGCUGGAGCUCGGGAAGCCUUCUUCAAUGAUAUCCCUUCUAUCUCCAUUUCAUAUGAGUGGGUUGAAGGAAAGAGUAACCCACGUGACUUUGCCCUAGCUGCAGAAGUUUGCAUUCCAAUCAUUAAUGUUGUACUGGUUGAUAUAAAGAAUCGAAGUUACCCUGGAAAAUGUUUUUUGAAUAUAGACGUGCCAAACAAUGUUGCUGACCAUAAGGGUUACAAGCUAACUAGGCAGGGUAAAAGUUUCUUUAAGAUGGGAUGGAGAGAAGUCACCUCUGAGACAAAAGGACGAAUAAUGUCAUCUGAUAUGUCCAACACAGAAACGGAUACACCCAAAACUAUUGGCGCAUCAUCUGCAUCACCUGAACAUCUUUUAUUUGCCAGAGAGAUACGAGGUUCUGUACUUGAUCAUGAUGAUACGGAUCACAAAUCUUUGAAGGAGGGCUAUAUUACUGUUACUCCUCUUGCUGGUCUCUCUCGUGCGGAUGUAGAUAGUCAGACCUAUUUUGAAGAUUGGCUGCAAAGUGUCCCUAAGCACCUCUCUACGGCAGCUUUAUAA